CCGAUUAGUUAAUCGUUUACGCCUUCGACGAAAUUAUUGGCAAUUUAAAGUAUAUUUAUAUUCAUUUGUUAUACACUACAAUUUACAUUUAUUUUACACACAAUUGUUAUUUAAUUUUUCCGCUGGCGUUACCGAAAUCCCAGCAGUUUGCGCCAAUUAUUUUUUUUUUAAUCCGAAAACUUGGUGCCUUUCCAAAUCCUGGCGUUGGUCAACUUGCUAAAGAACGUGAGGAAUCAACAUUCCGCAACACAUAACCUCAUUCCUUCGGCUAAAUCAUUGUGUUCUCCUACUUUCGCCGCAGAAUAAUAGUUCGAAAUGGUGGAACAACAGAGACAACGUAUCGAGCAAGAAAUGACCAAAAUGGUCACGGAGCUGGACUUGCUCUAUCUUCGAAAAAUGCAGGCCGAUAUGCACAGAUGUGCAGCUACGUGCUGCGAUAACCGAGAACUAUCGGUGGAGAAGGUGCAAAGUUGUGUGGAGAAAUGUUCAAGUCCCAUGCAUGCAGCCCAAACUUACGUACAAGGGGAAUUGGAGCAAUUGCAGAACCGACUACAACAUUGUGUAAUGGACUGCAAUGAUGACAUUAAACUUAAAAUGGGGCGCGAUCCCUCUCAGUCAGAUAUUGAAAAAUUCACAGCACAGUUUGAAAAAUGUGCUACUCAGUGUGUGGACAAACAAUUGGGUUAUAUGCCUGCACUGCUCAAGAAAAUGAAGACUGAGUUGCAGAAAGGAUUUCCUUAAUAUAUGUAAUAUAUUAAUGUAAAUAUAUUUUUACAAUCAUAUAGUGCAUAAAGUGAUAGUUUGGUUUGUUGUUUAAUAACAACUAAAAUGUUCCUCAUUGUUAGAUAUAAAGUGCAAACAAGUUUUUGUUUUACUACAGUAAUGUAGGAUGUUUUUAUUACAGAGACUGUUGGUAUAAUGGUAGUUAUUGCAGUAUUCCUUUAAAAUGUGUUGCCAAUUGACAUUGAUUGAAUGGAAGGUAUUGUUUUGCAUUUGCACUGCAUUUCUGCAAAUAUUAAUGUUCUCUGUCCCUUAAUGUUUUUAUAUUAUAAGGUUGAACUCAUUAACAAAAACUGCCAAUAAAAAUUGUUUAUAAAAA